AUGCACCAACACCAAAAUGGAAUCCAGCGCUUCCGAGACACAACAACGUCCGUGGAAGCUACAACAACGCUGUCAACGUCUGAUACUACAUACCCUCUGCCAGCUCCACCUACAACACUGUCGGUAUUAAGUGUAGAGGACAGUUCGACGCUAGAGAUAACGUCCCAUGAAUCAGCAUCAGCACCACCUGGCACAGAUACGUCAUAUAUGAUUUCAUCCUCAACAGUAUCAGUAUCUUCAGCUACAGCAACAUCAAUAGAACCUGUCUCUACAGCUAUAACGUCCCCAACUACGUCUGCUGGUACAACAAUGUCCACGGUAUCUACAGAUACAACUACAACUUCAACAGCGUCUGCAUCUGCAGACACAACAACAGCAGCUAUAUCUUCAGAUAUAACAUCAACAGCACCUUCUGAUACAACAACCACAUCAUCAGUUUCAUCAGGUACAACACCAGAUACAACAACGUCAAAAGAAUCUGCAACUACGGUAACAACAUCAGCAGUGUCUACAGAUACUACAACAACAACGACAAUAGCAACAUCUGAUGCAGCAACAACUUCAACAACAACAACAACGUCAUCCGAAUCUGCAACUACAUCAACAACAAAAGCAACUGCAUCGUCAGCUUCAACAACAUCAACAGUACUACAGUCAGAAACAACUACAGUUGCAUCUUCAGAUACAACAACUCCAGCAGCACAUUCUGAUACAACAACUUCAUCAGCAGCAUCAACACCUACAGCAACAACAUCAGCAGCAGCAUCUUCAGACACAACUUCGUCAGCCGUCCCUUCUGAGACAACAACAGGACCAGCAGUAUCUUCUGAAGCAGCAACUUCAGCAGCACCUUCUGAAACAGCAACUACUACAUCAGCAACAUCAACACCUACAGCAACAACAUCAGCAGCAGCAUCUUCAGACACAACUUCGUCAGCCGUCCCUUCUGAGACAACAACAGGACCAGCAGUAUCUUCUGAAGCAGCAACUUCAGCAGCACCUUCUGAAACAGCAACUACUACAUCAGCAGCAUCAACACCUACAACAACAACAUCAGCAGCAGCAUCUUCAGACACAACUACGUCAGCAGCCCCUUCUGAGACAACAACAGGGCCAGUAGUAUCUUCUGAAGCAGCAACUUCAGCAGCACCUUCUGAAACAGCAACUACUACAUCAGCAGCAGUGUCUUCAGACACAACUACGUCAGCAGCCCCUUCUGAGACAACAACAGGACCAGUAGUAUCUUCUGAAGCAGCAACUUCAGCAGCACCUUCUGAAACAGCAACUACUACAUCAGCAACAUCAACACCUACAGCAACAACAUCAGCAGCAGCAUCUUCAGACACAACUUCGUCAGCCGUCCCUUCUGAGACAACAACAGGGACCACAACAACAUCAGCAGCAGCAUCUUCAGACACAACUUCGUCAGCCGUCCCUUCUGAGACAACAGCAGGACCAGCAGUAUCUUCUGAAGCAGCAACUUCAGCAGCACCUUCUGAAACAGCAACUACUACAUCAGCAGCAUCAACACCUACAGCAACAACAUCAGCAGCAGUGUCUUCAGACACAACUUCGUCAGCCGUCCCUUCUGAGACAACAACAGGGCCAGUAGUAUCUUCUGAAGCAGCAACUUCAUCAGCACCUUCUGAAACAGCAACUACAUCAGCAGCAGCAGUGUCUUCAGACACAGCUACGUCAGCCGUCUCUUCUGAGACAACAACAGGGCCAGUAGUAUCUUCAGAAGGAUCAGCUUCAGCAAUACCUUCUGAAACGGCAACAGAACCUGCAUCUACACCAACAGCAGUAUCUUCAACUGCAGUAACAACGCCAGGAGUAUCUUCAGAUACAACAGAAACUACAACAUCAGCAACAGUAGCUUCAGGUACAACAACGACAACAUCAACAGUAUCUUCUGAUACAGCAACAACAUCAGCAGCAAUAUCUUUAGCUGUAGCAUCGACAGCAACAACUUCAGAAGUACCAUCCUCCCAUUCAGAAACAACAGCAUCUUCAGCUACAACUUCAUCAGCUCUACCAGCUGCAGAAACGUCAUCAGCAACAACUUCAGAAGCAUCACCUUCCCAUACAGAAACAACGUCAACAGCAUCUUCAGCUACAACAUCAUCAGCAGUAUCAGAUGCAGAAACGUCAACAGCACCUUCUGAUACAACAUCUUUAGCAUCUUCGGAUACAAAUCCGCCAGCAGUAUCUUCAGAAACAUCUUCAGCUACAGCAACAACCCCAAUAGUAUCUUCGGAUUCAACAAUAGCGUCAACAGUAUCUUCUGAAACAGCAACAUCGCCGUCAGUAUCGUCAGCCGUGACAUCAACAGCAACGCCAGAAGUAUCUUCUACAGCAUCAGAAGCAACGUCAACGGUAUCUACACCAACAGAAACAACGUCAAUGGUGUCUUCGGCAGAAUCUUCGUUGACAACACCAACGUCAACAGUAUCUGCAACUUCCGCAACCUCUUCAGCAAUAUCCUCAGAUACACCAACUCUAGCAGUAUCUUCAGAUACAAUAACGACGACAGAAACUACCCCUACAACAACAUCAUCAGCUGCUGGGUCUUCAGCUACAGAAACACCCUUAACAGUAUCUUCUGAUGCAGCAACAUCGUCAUCAGUAGCGUCAACUACGACAUCAGAAUCAACAGUAUCUACACAUACUGAUACAACAUUCACAGUAGCUGCAUCUUCAUCACCCACAUCAGCAACAGUAUCUUCAGAAACAACAACAUCAGCAGUAUCUUCUGAAACUACAACGCCAGAAGUAUCUUUACCAACAGCAACGACGUCAACAGGAACAACACCUACAACAUCUGCAGCAGUUGGAUCUUCAGCUACAGCAGGACCCUCAACAGUAUAUUCAGAGGAAACAACAACGUCAACAACAUCUGCAUCUACUGCAACAACAUCAGCAGCAGUAGAGACAGAUGCAACACCAUCAACAGUCACACCGUCAUCAGUGCCGUCAGCUACGACAACGGUAUCUGCCAAUGCUGAAACAACACCAGCAACUUCAGAUAUAACGUCAACAGCACCUUCUGAUACAACAUUAUCACCAGGAGUAUCUUCAACUACAACAUCAGCGUCAACAUCUUCUGCAUCUAUAGCAACAACAUCAGCAACAAUACCAUCAGAUGCAACAUCAGCAGUAUCUUCCGACACAACAUCGACAGAAGUAUCUUCUGCAACAGGAACAGCGUCAACAGCACCUACAGCAACGGAAACAACGUCAAUGUUAUCAUUAGCAGAAUCUUCUUCUACAGCAACAACGUCAACAAUAUCGUCUGAUUCAGCAACAAUGUCAACAGCACCUUCUGAAACAACAACACCGCCAGAAGUAUCAUCAGCAACAUCAGAAACAGCAGCAGAAACAACGACAGAAGUACCUUCGAAUACAACUUCCGCACUACUUCCUAAUACAACAACAGCAUCAGUGGCGUCUUCAGCUACAAUAUCAGUGCCAACAGAAACAACAUCAGCAGUAACUUCAACAGCAACAACAAUGUCAACAGUAGGAACAUAUUCUUCACUUUCAACCAUGCUCAACAGUACAUCUUUUUUGUCAUCAUCAGAGACUUCGACAUGGGCAGUUUCUUCAGAGGAAGUAACUUCGUCACAUGGUGUCAUUUCCCAAUUCACGUCAGAAGCCAUUUCAGCACAAACUGAAUAUCCUUCUGUUUAUGCUACUGAAACAUCUCCAGUCCUAGAAUCGAGCAGCAAUGAUGUUUUCUACUCAGAAGGUGUGACCUCAGAAGGAAUAGUAAGCUCCUCCUCCGCUGUCCUUUCGACGUCAACAUCAACUGCUACAUCACAAGAUGGAGUCACGUUAUCAUCAACGUCGGAUAUGCAGCCGGCUCAGUCUUCAUCCUCUUACCUCGAGGAGACAUCAUCAUCUUUGAUAAUGGAAGCAACAUCUACUACAUCUGUGGUAAUGGCAGCAACCACAUCGUCAGCGUAUCUCGAAACAUCAUCUUUGAUAAUGGAAGCUCCGACUGCAUCUGUGGUAAUGGGAGCAACCACAUCGUCAGCGUAUCUCGAAACAUCAUCUGUGAUGACGGAAGAGGCUCCGACUACAUCCGUGGCAAUGGGAGCGACCACAUCGUCAGCUCACCUCGAAACAUCAUCUGUGAUGACGGAAGAAGCACCGACUACUUCAGUGGCAAUGGGAGCGACCACAUCAUCAGCUCACCUCGAAACAUCAUCUGUGAUGACGGAAGCAGCACCUACUACAUCUAUGACGAUGGCAUCAUCAACGUCAUCAACGUACCUGGAGGCAACAACAUCAGCAUACAUUGGUGAAUCAUCGUCACAUCUGAUGAUGGAAGCGACACCAACCACAUCUGUGGCAGUGCCAACACCCACAUCAUCAGCAUACGUCGGUGUAUCAUCAUCAUCCGUGUCAUCAGUUCAAGAACCCACCACAUCCGUCGCCCUACAACCAACUACAUCAUCACAGGUUGGUCAAACAUCGUCCUCUGCGAUAACUCAACCGCCAACAUCCACAACUGUGACAACACAACCAACCACAACAUCAUCAACAACAGCCGUGGCAACAGUACUACAACCAACAACAACACAAGUUACACAAACAGCGAAGUCAUAUAGCGGAGUAAUUAAGGUUACAGACGGAGCGACGUGGACGGAAAAUCUCAACGACAAAAAUUCGGAUGAAUACAAACAGCUAAAGCAGAAAAUACUGAAAUUCCUCCAGCAAAUCUUCGGCAAUACUGAUCUGGCUCCAUACAUCGACAGUAUUGUCAUUACUGGAUUUAGACAAGGCAGUGUUGUGGUGGAGUUUGAAGUAGGCUUUACGACUACAACGGUGGUGGACAGUGAAAUAGCCGGCCUCUUCAACGCAGGAUAUCAGAAUAUUGCCAGUCCAAAUUAUACAUUGAACGACGUAUAUACAGAUUUCACUGGUAAAGUGCCAGAUUCAAACUCUGCUGCUCCAAUUCAACAAGAAGGUAAGUUCAAUCAUCCCAUCUCAAGUGAUAUCCCAGUGCCUUACUUAUAA